CAAUUAGUGUAAGAUAAAUGACAAAUGCCUUCGAUGAAGUUUUGAAUAUGCAAAAUACUUGCAUGAACUUCCUCUUAGCGAACGAAAUUAUCUAAUAGCAAUGGUUUGAUCAAUUACCGAUCGCUUGCUCUCAUAAUUUUUUUUGGUUUAAGCAACUUUUUUUGAAGUAGAGACGAAGAUUUGUUUCUCUAAGUUCUGGCUACCUAAAUAUUUGCUCAUAAACACGGAUUAAACGAAGUAGUCCGAAAACCUUUUUUUGCUUAGUAAAAUUAUUUUAGAUUUGAAUAUCAUUGAAAAUGGGUGACGCAAAAGGCGAUGAUCUUGCUACGGCAAUUUUGAAGCAGAAGAUGAAGCCGAAUAGGCUUAUCGUGGAAGAAGCUAUUCAAGAUGACAAUUCAGUUGUGACGCUUUCACAAGCAAAAAUGGACGAAUUACAGUUGUUCAGAGGAGAUACGAUUCUCAUUAAGGGAAAGAAGAGGAAGGAAACUGUUUGUAUUGUUUUAUCGGAAGACACAUGUGCCAAUGAAAAAAUAAGAAUGGGAAGAGUUAUAAGAAACAAUCUUCGUGUCCGACUAAGUGAUGUUGUGAGCAUUCAGGCUCUUCCUGAUGUGAAGUAUGGUAAACGAAUCCACGUACUUCCCAUAGAUGAUACAGUCACUGGACUGACUGGAAAUCUGUUUGAUGUUUAUCUGAAACCAUAUUUUCUUGAAGCAUACAGACCAGUUCAUAAAGGAGACAUCUUCAUCGUAAGAGGAGGAAUGAGAGCAGUGGAGUUCAAAGUUGUCGAAACAGAUCCAACGCCUUACUGCAUUGUUUCAUCUGAUACAGUUAUACACUGCGAAGGGGACCCUGUUAAGCGAGAGGAAGAAGAGGAAACUCUAAAUGAAAUUGGAUAUGACGACGUCGGAGGUUGUCGCAAGCAGCUGGCGCAGAUCAAGGAAAUGGUCGAAUUGCCUUUGAGGCAUCCAACACUCUUCAAAGCAAUCGGUGUAAAGCCUCCUCGAGGAAUUCUCCUCUUUGGACCUCCAGGAACAGGAAAGACUCUGAUUGCAAGAGCGGUUGCCAACGAGACAGGAUCAUUCUUUUUUCUCAUUAACGGGCCAGAGAUUAUGAGCAAACUUGCUGGAGAAUCCGAAAGCAAUCUGAGGAAAGCUUUCGAGGAAGCCGAAAAGAACUCCCCAAGUAUCAUUUUCAUCGAUGAAUUGGACGCUAUUGCUCCUAAGCGGGAAAAAACUCACGGAGAAGUCGAAAGAAGAAUUGUAUCACAAUUGCUCACUCUCAUGGAUGGAUUGAAGCAGAGAUCAAACGUGGUGGUCAUGGCGGCAACAAACCGACCUAACAGUAUCGACGCCGCCUUGCGACGAUUUGGAAGAUUCGACCGGGAAGUUGACAUUGGGAUCCCGGACACCACCGGGCGCCUGGAGGUCCUGAGAAUCCACACGAAGAACAUGAAAUUGAAUGAUGAUGUGGAUCUGGAACAGGUUGCGUCUGAAACCCAUGGACACGUUGGAGCAGAUUUGGCUGCCCUGUGCUCCGAGGCAGCGCUGCAGCAGAUCAGAGAAAAGAUGGAUCUGAUUGACCUUGAGGAUGACACCAUUGACGCACAAGUGCUGGACUCGCUUGCAGUUACCAUGGAGAACUUCAGGUUCGCUCUUGGCAAGAGUAGCCCUAGUGCUCUGCGAGAGACGGUUGUCGAGAUCCCAAAUGUCACUUGGGAGGACAUCGGAGGCCUGGAGAACGUGAAGCGGGAGCUGCAAGAGUUGGUGCAAUAUCCAGUCGAACAUCCCGAGAAGUUCCUCAAGUUCGCUAUGAGUCCCCCAAAGGGUGUGUUGUUCUACGGACCACCUGGCUGUGGUAAGACGCUUCUCGCCAAGGCCAUUGCAAACGAGUGCCAGGCUAACUUUAUCUCCAUCAAGGGCCCUGAGCUGCUGACCAUGUGGUUCGGAGAGUCCGAGGCCAACGUGCGAGAUGUGUUCGACAAAGCGAGACAAGCAGCUCCAUGUGUGUUGUUCUUUGACGAACUGGACAGUAUUGCUAAAUCGAGAGGCGGAAGCGUGGGGGAUGGAGGAGGAGCCAGUGACCGGGUCAUUAACCAGGUCCUGACCGAGAUGGACGGAAUGGGCUCGAAGAAGAAUGUGUUCAUCAUCGGAGCCACCAACAGGCCGGACAUCAUUGACUCAGCUAUUCUGCGUCCUGGUCGGCUUGAUCAACUGAUCUACAUUCCGCUGCCUGAUCUGAAGUCGCGAAUGGCCAUUUUGCGGGCCAAUCUGAGAAAGAGUCCAGUGGCUAAAGACGUGGACCUCGACUACCUGGCCAAAGUCACCGAGGGGUUCAGUGGUGCGGAUUUGACUGAGAUUUGUCAGCGUGCGGGUAAGUUGGCCAUUCGAGAGUCAAUUGAGAAGGAGAUUGCAUUGGAGCGAAGAAGACGCGAACACCCUGACGAGGACAUCAUGGAGACGGACCCUGUGCCGGAACUGAGACGGGACCACUUCGAGGAGUCGAUGAAGUUCGCUCACCAGUCUGUCAGUCAGAAUGAUGUGCGCAAGUACGAGAUGUUCGCCCAGACCCUCCAGCAGAGUCGAGGACUGGGAGGAAACUUCCGUUUCCCGACCUCGGGUGCCUCAGGAGGAAGUGGAGGCACUGGAGCCCCUGGAGGAGCCGGAAUGUUCCAGAACAACCAGGAUGACGAUGACCUCUACAGCUAAGCACUCCCAGCCCAGCCCUGAUGCAAGGAUCAACUGGAGGCGGAAGUGCUGAUUUCAAACGACUGCUGAUUGAAAUGAACAGUGACUAAUUUUAGAUCUGAACUGAACUGAACUUGUUCAUUGACUUAAAAGAGCUUAUCGAGCCCCACAACUCGCAGCUCUCUGGUUAACUGAUUGGUUUUUGUUCGCUUAAUUUUACCUGUUUUAUAUAGUAGUAAGUUAUAUCAAAUAAAGAAACGAGUGAUAAGUUAUAAUACCAUAACAACAAUUUAGGCAAACUGCGUUUGUCGGCAAAGUUAGACAAAUGGAAGUUAAGAUAUCAUCGUGAUUAUAUUUACGUAAUUUGUUUAAAAUGUGAUGUUUUAAAACUAAUUGAAUAUCUGAGAUGGAA